GCCGUUUCCGGGUCGGCUGCGCGGCGCUCGGGGCCGGCCCAGGCUGCAGCCGCCGGCACCGGGCCCCGGCCUCGGCUCAGCUCCGCGCCCGCCGCCCCGGGCCGGCCCCGCCCCGCCCGGCCUGGCCCUGCCGCCGCCCGCCGCCGCCCUCCUGCGCGCCGCGCCCCGCCUCGCCGGCCUCCCGCGCCGGCCCCGCGCCCUCCUCCUCCUCCUGCGGCCGCCGCCCGGCGCCGCCAUGCCCGGCCCGGCCGCCGGCAGCCGGGCGCGGGUGUACGCCGAGGUGAACAGCCUGAGGAGCCGCGAGUACUGGGACUACGAAGCGCACGUCCCGAGCUGGGGCAACCAGGACGACUACCAGCUGGUGCGCAAGCUGGGGCGCGGCAAGUACAGCGAGGUCUUCGAGGCCAUCAACAUUACCAACAACGAGAGGGUCGUCGUCAAGAUCCUCAAGCCAGUGAAGAAAAAGAAGAUAAAACGUGAGGUUAAGAUUCUGGAGAAUCUGCGUGGUGGCACCAACAUCAUUAAUCUCAUUGACACUGUCAAGGAUCCAGUGUCAAAGACCCCUGCUCUGGUGUUUGAGUACAUCAAUAACACAGAUUUUAAGCAACUGUACCAGAUCCUGACAGACUUUGAUAUUCGGUUUUAUAUGUAUGAGCUGCUGAAGGCCCUGGAUUACUGUCACAGCAUGGGGAUCAUGCACAGGGAUGUCAAACCCCACAACGUCAUGAUAGACCACCAGCAGAAAAAGCUGCGGCUCAUAGACUGGGGUCUGGCAGAAUUCUACCAUCCAGCUCAGGAAUACAAUGUCCGUGUGGCCUCUAGGUACUUCAAAGGACCGGAGCUCCUUGUGGACUACCAAAUGUAUGACUACAGCUUAGACAUGUGGAGUUUAGGCUGUAUGCUGGCAAGCAUGAUCUUCCGAAAGGAGCCUUUCUUCCACGGACAGGACAAUUAUGAUCAGCUGGUUCGCAUCGCAAAGGUCCUGGGCACAGAUGAGCUGUAUGGGUAUCUCAAGAAGUACCACAUAGAACUGGACCCACACUUCAAUGAUAUCCUGGGCCAGCAUUCCCGGAAGCGCUGGGAGAACUUCAUCCACAGUGAGAACAGACACCUUGUCAGCCCUGAAGUCCUAGACCUCCUGGACAAGCUCCUGCGAUAUGACCAUCAACAGAGGCUGACGGCCAAGGAGGCGAUGGAGCACCCCUAUUUCUAUCCAGUGGUGAAGGAGCAGUCCCAGCCCAGCUCAGAAAAUGCUGUGCUCUCCAGUGGCCUGACAACAGCACGAUGAAGACUGGAAAACGACGGGUAAUUCAAGAUGUUUACAAAUAAAAGCAAAACCUUCGGUCACACAGUGAAGGGAAAUGAACCAAGGACCCCCCCCUUCCCCUCCCCUUUAUACUCGGCAGAAAUCUAACCUUUGGGGGGGGGGGUCAUAAACCUCAGUUCCUCUCUGGUGGUUGUGGUUAAUGUAACUCUAACCCUGUGGUACCAAAGCCCUGGGCAAACGGUCUUGCAAGAGUUAAACAUGUAGUGAUAUCCCCAGGGCUCAACACGACUGAUUCUGGUUCACAUCUCUAUGGAUCCUUCUCUUCCUUCUCUGUCCAGCCUUCCCCACUGUGCUGGUGGGGACAAAUUGGCCGUUCCACCAUCAGUCCUUAGCAUGCCUCUUUCUAAACAUGCCUUUCUGACUUGUAGUCUCUGGGUGAACCAAAUUCAGGCUGGGGGUCAGCAGGUGCAACUCUGCUUUGAGCUCCACAUCCUACUGCUCACUCUGGGCUUGAAUUUGGCCCUUGAAUCCCAGUUUUAAUUGCAAAUGCCAGGGCGUUGGGAGGGGAGGGGGGAGGUUCAACAAAACGCAGCCCACAAACCCAGCAGCACCUCAGGAUUGGGCCGGAGCAUUAAAAAUAAGGCACUGAUCUGAGUUGCUGGGGAGAGGUGAGACUCCCCCCUCCAGGUGUGUUUGACAAAGGCUCGCUCUGAAGAGAAACUCAAUAGACCUGCUUUGGAAACUUGUGAAUGUGAGGGCUGCUUUUGUGGCAGGAGAGGGGAGGUACUAUCCAGACUUUCCCACCGAGCUCAGGAGAGUCAGAACUGCAAGACUUCUUGUGAUAGGUGUGCAACCACGUACCUCAUGACGUGGCUCCCAUGAGAAUUCGUGCCAGAUGCAGACUUGUGUGCGGUUCAAUCCAGCGCCGCAGGACAGAGGAGCGGAACGGGGGCCUGGGAGGAGAGCAUGGGGUGGGGAAGGAUCAGCAAACAGCGGUGUAGUCUGUCGGGGAGGGGGCUGUGCAACUACUGAUCCGGGACUAUGGGUUCCCACGUAGUGUUUUAACAAAGUCAGCCACUUGUUGAAUUCUGGGGUGCCGAUCCUGUUGUGGGGGGUGGGGGGGUUCGUCUCGCGGGUUCUUUCAUCAGAUCCCUUGAUGGCUUUAUAGCCCCACGAUUCACAGUUGCCUCCUCUACUUGUUCUGUGUGUGAUUUCAUCAAGUGGUUCUGGUGAUGCUCAAACCUACAAGCUGGAGAUAGUGUUUUCCCACCAGCACCUAAACACAGAAUUUCCUUCUGCGGCAUUGUCGAAAUAGUUAAUUUUUUAUAAGGUUGCAAUGUUUCUAUUUGAAACAUCUGUUUACAUUCCAUAUUCCAAUAAAGUUCUAUUGGCAUCGAUAGCAGGUCAAUCCAUUUGUAUAAUUCACUGAAACCAAUAAAUAUCUAUACGUCUGAA